AUGGAUACCGAAACGGUUGAAAACGAAAAGCGGCCGACCAUUGUACCGACACCAGUCGAACCCGAAGGCUCGUUCGCCGCCUACAAGCGAAUUUUCCUGCAUGCCGGGCCUUUCGAGCUCUCAUUACAGACCGUUGCAUGCUUCGCAGCCGUUGCAUCUGGUAUCGGCAUCGCUUUCCAACCUCUCAUCUUAGGCCAAUUUGUCACCAGCGUCACGAAAUUUACAUCAUCGCAAUCCUCUCCAUCCCAACUUCGCUCGGAGGCGUCGGAGCUCGCUCUGUACUUCGUAUACCUCGGCAUUGCUCGAUUCGUCCUAUCUUAUAUCUACAAUACUCUUUUCACCUACACUGCCCACCUCAUUACUCGGAACAUUCGACAUGAAUACCUCAAGUCAGCUCUUGGCCAGGAAGUAGCAUUCUUUGAUGUUGGGGCUGGAGGCUCGAUAGCAGCACAGGCAACCUCCAACGGGCACAUGAUUCAGGGUGGAAUCAGUGAGAAACUCGGUCUUGCUUUUCAGGGAAUUGCGGCCUUUGUCACCGCUUUUACAAUUGCGUUCGUCGUGCAAUGGAAACUAACCCUUAUAUGCCUCUGCAUUGCCCCAGCGACGCUCAUCGUGAAUGGUACUGCGGGCGGUUUCAUGGGAGUCUAUGAGAAUCAAAUUCUAGAGGUCAACGCAAAGGCUAACGUCUUUGUGGAAAGCGUUAUCUCUAGCGUGCGGACUGCACAUGCCUUCGAAAUUCGAGACAGACUCGUUGACAGAUUCGAAGAACACCUGUCCAGCGCUCACAAGAUUGGCAGCAAGUUGUCAGUCAUUUUUGGCACUUUUUUCUCCGCCGAAUACUGUAUCGUCUAUUUGGGUUACGGUUUGGCCUUCUGGCAAGGUAUUCGCAUGUUCUCUAGAGGGGAGAUUAUGGAAACGGGGAGUAUCUUUGUUGUUAUUAUGUCGGUUAUCAUCGCUGCCACGCAGCUGACCAUGCUCACACCUUACAUGAUUGACUUCACCCGCUCCGCCACUGCGGCAUCUGCUCUGUUCAACUUGAUGGAACGCAAGUCUGAAAUUGAUUCAUAUGGUACUACCGGCUGUCAAUUAUCGGAGAUUGUGGGGGAUAUUGAGCUUACCGAUGUUACCUUUGCCUAUCCGACUCGACCUGAAGUGAACGUUCUUGACAAGUUCUCUAUGAGAGCCCAGGCUGGCAAGGUCACUGCUCUAGUGGGUCAAUCUGGCUGUGGAAAGAGUACAAUUGUUGGUCUUCUCGAGCGCUGGUAUAACCCUGCCUCAGGAACUAUCAAGUUAGAUGGCCACCCACUCGAAGAGUUGAAUCUGAGUUGGCUCCGAAAGAAUGUCCGUCUCGUCCAGCAAGAGCCAGUCCUUUUCCAGGGUACCGUUUUCGACAAUAUCAAGCAAGGACUUGUUGGCACAAAGUGGGAACAUGCCCAAAGGGAUCAGCAAUUGGAACGAGUUCAAGAUGCCGCUACCGUGGCCUUUGCGCAUGAUUUUAUCGUUAAUCUCCCAAAUGGUUACGACACCGAGAUAGGCCAGCGCGGUGGCCUUUUGUCGGGUGGCCAAAAGCAACGCAUUGCGAUCGCUCGCAGUAUCAUCUCUCAGCCUAAGGUUCUGAUCCUCGAUGAAGCCACCAGUGCCCUAGAUCCGCAAGCCGAAAGAGUCGUUCAGAAGGCACUGGAUAAGGCUACAGAAGGCCGGACUACAAUUGUCAUUGCUCACAAACUUGCGACUAUCCGGAGAGCUGAAAGCAUCAUCGUCAUGGAAAAAGGCUGCAUCGUUGAGCAGGGAACACAUGAUUCUUUGCUUGCAUGUGGCGGUAAAUAUUCUCAACUUGUGAAAGCACAAGACUUGGCUGUUACAAGUCGGUUCGAGUCCGAUUUGAAGUCAGAGUCUAUCAACAAUGAGAAACUGGAUACCACGACGAAGCUCUCAGUCCCUACAUCACGCAGCUCAGUCAAUGACAACAACGGAAACAUGCCACAGAACGACUACGCCAACUAUGACAACUACAAGCAGCGAAACAUCAUUUCUGUCAUAUAUCGGCUUCUUCGAGAGACCCCCGAGCUUCGCUACAUAUACUGUCUGGUCUUCAUUGGAUGUAUAGUUGGUGGAGCAACCUUUCCUGGCCAAGCGAUUCUCAUUUCUAGUGUGAUUGAGAUCUUCAAUCUGCCAAUGAUGGAACUAGAACACAGGGGCAACUUCCUCGCAACCAUGUUCAUCGUCCUCGCGGCUGGCUGUCUGAUAUCCUACUUCAUCCUCGGCUUCGCAACCAACACCGUCGCCCAGCAUCUAGGCCAUAAGCUUCGGAAAAACUGCUUCCACGACUUCUUGCAUCAAGAUAUUGAGUUCUUUGAUCGUGAAGAAAAUAGUACCGGUGCUAUUGUUACGCGUGUGGAUUCAAACCCACAGGCAAUCCUCGAGUUGAUGGGGUACAAUAUCGGUCUCAUGUUGAUCGCUACUUUCAAUGUUCUCGUAUGUGCGGUUUUAGCCCUCGUUUACUCUUGGAAGCUUGGUCUGGUCGUUAUAUGUGCGGGUCUUACUCCAUUGGUUGGUGCAGGGUAUUUGAAGAUCAGGUUGGACGCGAAGCUUGACCGGGAUACUUUCAAGCGCUACUCAAUUAGCGCAUCUAUUGCAUCAGAGGCCGUUACUUCUAUUCGCACAAUUUCCUCGCUUGCGAUAGAACAUUCUGUAUUGGAGAGAUACACGAGAGAGCUGGAUGAAGCGAUCGCUGACUUGAAGCGUCCGUUGUUUGUGGUAAUGGCGAGCUUUGCUUUUACUCAAUCUGCCGAGUACUGGUUUUUAGCUCUUGGGUUCUGGUAUGGAUGCCGGCUAUUGUCCUUUGGUGAUGUUACCCUCUACGCAUUUUUUGUCGCCUUUUUGGGUGUCUUCUUCUCCGGGCAGAGCGCAUCGCAGCUUUUCCAAUUUUCCACCAGCAUCACGAAGGGUGUGAAUGCCGCAAAUUAUCUCUUCUGGCUGAAUGACCUUCAGAAAACAGCACGGGAGAGAGACGAAAGCCGCAAAGAGGGCCCUGGUGCAGUGAACGCCCUUGAUCUAGACAAGAUCAAGUUCUCAUAUCCUCGUCGACCCAAAGUCCCUGUUCUGAAUGGCCUUGAUCUCAGCAUGAAAAAAGGCCACUUUAUAGCCCUCGUCGGCUCAUCAGGAUGUGGCAAGUCAACUGUCAUAGCCCUACUGGAAGGAUUCUACGAUCCAUCCGCCGGAUCAAUCAAUCUCAAUUCCUCACCUCUACCAAGUCUCAGCCCACGCCUGUAUCGCAACAUUGUCUCCCUCGUACAACAGCAACCAGACCUCUUCCCAAUCUCCAUACGCGAAAACGUCGCAUUGGGUCUCGGGUGCGACACCCGGGCUGAUACAGAGGCAACAGACGAUCAAAUAGAGUUCGCCCUUCGAGCCGCCAAUGCAUGGGAUUUUGUCACGUCUCUCCCCGAUGGACUAGCUACUCUUGUUGGAUUUGGCGGAUCACAGCUUUCGGGUGGUCAGAGGCAGCGUAUUGCAAUUGCGAGAGCCUUGAUCCGCCGACCAAAGAUUCUUCUUCUGGAUGAGGCUACGAGUGCUCUUGAUACUGAGAGUGAGCGGGCCGUGCAUGAGGGCUUGCAGCAGCGAAGGAUGGAGAUCGGAUUACAGUUGCUGUUGCGCACCGAUGCGGAUGUGAUUUGUGUCUUUCAUCAGGGUCGGAUUGUGGAGAUGGGAUCACACUCUGAUUUGAUUGGCACGGGUGGGAUGUAUAGUAAGAUGUGUGAGGCUCAAGCUUUGGACUAG